CUCUGCGCUCCCGGUUCCUAGUCUGCAUCACGAUAUCAGCUCUAGUAAUCUUUAUUUGCCAGAAUUCUUCUGUGAAGAAUUUGACUAUCAUCUGCGCCGCAAUUCGCUGCUCCUCUAUGUAAGCCCGGGCCUUGCCUGUGUUGUUAAUAAUCCUCCCGGGAAAGCAAGCCCACAUUUGUCGAAUGGCGAUGGCCCCAGCGUUAUCGCUCCCACUAGGUCCUGUCCUCUCUCUCUGGGAAUAUAAGUUCACCUCCCGUUCCCUGUCUUCUUGAGGCUUUUCCCCUUUUUUCUUCUUCAGUUCUGCUCUGCAAGAAUAUUAAUCAUCCUACACAAUGGCCACUAUCGAGUACAAGAAGCUUGGAAAGUCGGGACUUCGCGUCUCGCUCCCUAUUUUGGGAAUGAUGGGAAUGGGAACUAAGCAAUGGCAAGACUGGUGUCUCGAGAAGGACGAGGCUCUUCCUAUCCUCAAGAAGGCCUACGAUAUGGGCAUCACUACCUGGGAUACCGCCAACGCCUACUCCGAGGGUGAGUCCGAGAGACUGAUCAAGGCCGCCAUUGAGGAGUACAAGAUCCCCCGUGAGGAGCUCACCAUCAUCACCAAGGUCUACUACGGUGUUGCCAACGAGAAGAUCGAGCCCUUCGUCACCCCCCUCGCCCACAAGAAGGAGUACGUCAACCAGGUCGGUCUCUCGCGCGGCGCCAUCUUCAAGCAGGUCGACGACUGCCUCGAGCGUCUCGGCGUUGACUACAUUGAUCUUCUCUUCAUCCACCGCUACGACAAGUCUGUCGAGCCCGAGGAGGUCAUGUGCGCGCUCAACGACAUCGUCAAGAGCGGAAAGGUCCGUUACAUCGGCGCUAGCAGCAUGUACGCUUACCAGUUCGCUACCCUCCAGCACGUCGCUGAGAAGAACGGCUGGGUCAAGUUCAUCGCCAUGCAGAACCACUACUCCCUUCUUUACCGUGAGGAGGAGCGUGAGGUCAUCCCCUACUGCCAGAUGACCGGUGUCGGCAUCAUUCCCUGGGGACCUUUGAACAAGGGUCUCCUUGCCCGUCCCGCCGACGCGCCCAAGACCGUCCGCGCGACCAGCGGUGGUCUUGCGCUCAAGACUGCUCCUAUCGACCCUGUCGCGAAGGUGAUCAUCGACCGCACCGAGGAGCUCGCCAAGAAGAAGGGCUGGACCAUGACCGAGGUCGCGCUUGCCUGGAUCUGCACCAAGGGCUGCACUUCCCCCAUUAUUGGAAUCAGCAGCAUUGCCAGACUCGAGGAGUCCUCGAAGCUUAGCGGAAAGACUUUGACUGAGGAGGAGUGCAAGUACCUCGAGGAGGCUUACGUUCCCCGUCCUAUCAUCGGCCACUUCUAAGUGUGUAAAAAGUUUACGUAUUUGUUAUGAAUCAGAUAGAUGACGACAGUAUAUAUAAUAGUACAUUUAUGAGUAAACAAGAACCAUAAACA